CAAGCUCACGGCUUCGUUGUGGUAUCAACUGUAAUUGCACACAUUUCAUUUUUUGUUGAUUUUAGACAAAAUCCAAGUUAAAAAAGUCACUCAAUUUUUCUAAAUCUCCCGCAAAAGUUUUCCAGAGAGUUUUCAGUUCGAAAAAAAGUAACAAGUCGACAAACAAAUAAAUUUUUAGUUUUCUUGUUUAGUUCGUGAGUGUGGAAAAAUUUGAGAUAAGCAGAAAUAUUUUUUCCGGACAAUAAAAUUUCCACGUGUUUCAAGCAAUAAUUUGAAGAAAUUUGUGAUAUUGGUUUUCGGAAGAUAAAUUUCUCGUUGAUCUAUAAAAGAGAGUAAGAAAAAGUCAUCAGUGAAAAUGGCAACAUACGCAACUUUCAAGCAUGUUGAACUGUACAAUGUUGGGAAUACGAAAAAGAGGGUUCUCAAGCCACCAGGCGGUGGAACAAGUGACAUUUUUGGUGGAGAAUCAUCCGCUGAGACACCGAGAUCAUCCAAAAACCGCAUGGCAUCGAAUAUCUUUGGCGAAACAGCAGCUCCAGUCUCCAAGAAUGUUCAACAAGGAAUCUAUAGAUACUUUUUUCUUGGCGAUAGGCCACGUGCUGUAGUGGACUCGCACAAUCGUCUCUUUGGUGAACCCCAACGCAUGCAGACACCAAUGAGGGAUAGAAUGAGGAGCAAUAUCCCAAUUGGGGAUGCCAAAGGGAUGAAUGGGCAUACAAAUGGACACUCUGGCGCCACGACGCCCAAGACCAAUGGACACAGUGUCAACGGUGGUAGUAGCAAAAUCGUGGAGAAUGGCGUGGAACACACUAACGGGACAAAAGCGGGCCCCUUCUUGAGGAGAAGAAAGCCUGAUGACAGUCCCUUCUUGGUGUCAUCUCGUUCCACAGCAUCUAAUGCUUCCAGUCCAAUGUCGUCCGCAUCGACAAGAUCAGGAAAUUCUUCCACAUACACCAAGCAAUUAUUUGGUAAUGAUUGCUGUGACAUGAAUGGUGGCUCCUACAGAACCAAGUUCACACCAAGAAACCCUGUGACCGGUAUGGGGCUCAAUGAGCCAAUGAAUCGUAUGAGGAAGUUGGCAAGCAAUCGAAGAGAAGGAAAUCCAGUGACUGGAGAAGGUUAUAAGCCAGCUGGAACGGAAAUCAAUACAUCGAUCCCAUGCUUGAAUGGCGCAAACCAAGUUAUCAACAAGAACAGAAUCCCUCCCGGUGGAUUUUCUUCCGGACUUUGGUAGAUGAAUUGCAUGUGUCUGAUACAUACAACACACAACACACAUAUGGCGAAAGGAAGUGGGAUUUAUCAGAUAUAUUUGCCUUGAUGGCAAAAAUAAUGAGAUGAUUAGGAAGAGGAUGUUUUUUUGUCGUGAAACACUUUCCAAUAUUGUUCGACCAUUUCUCUAUAAAAUAUUGAAGACACAAUCUCUAAAAAAAAUCACAAAGAUUGAUUAAGAAAAACUCAAUGAAUUUGGAUAAUUUCUCCCUAAAAAAAAAAGGGAUUAAAAUUUUAAAAAAAUGUAUUUAUUGCGAUGAAGAGAAAUGCAAAUUAUAUGUACUUUUGAAUUUUAUUUUUGCAAUUUUACUUCUUAAUUUUUCUCUUAAUGGUUUGAAAAAUCACAAUUUGCAUGAAAUAAAAAAAAAUAACGACUGCAAAUAUUCUUUUUUACAAACGUAAGCAUAAUUUUUACAUUUUUCUAACAUUUUGCAGUAAGUUUUUUUUUCGUCACGUGUUUUCAUUUUAUAUAUAUUUUUUUAUAUUAGCUUUUUACAUUUUUUUUUGUCUAUUUAUUGCUUUUCAGCGUUCACCAUAGUGGUGAAAAUAAAAUUAUAAGAAAAAUAAUAAAAAAAAAAGUUGGAUCGAAAAGAAAAAUUUUCAAAUGAAGUAAAAAAUUCCACAAUUUGACGUAAAUUCAAUCUUCCCCCCUUAAAAUAAAAUGAAAAUCUUGUAAUAUGAAAUUGGAUAUUAGUAGACACAUUUCAUAGAUGGAAUAAAAAAUAUUCAAUGAGAAAAUAAAAAAACUCCAUGGUAGAAGAUGAAUUUAGCAAAUAAUCUUAUAUUUUACUAACAUUUGAAAUAUUUACAUAAUACUAUAUAAGUGUCAUUUGUAUUAAUUAAAUGAUAACGCGCGUAGAUAAAAGAAAUUGAAGAAGGAAAAAGUUUAAUAACCGUUGAUAGUAAAAUGAAGAAUUAAAGUAAAUAUUCAAGAAGAGGAUUUGUAGUGUGUAGACUGUUUCCAAUAUAAUGAAUUAAAAAAAAAACAAAUACAUAAGAGUAAUAAAUAAAAACAAACAAAAAACACGAUAAAAUGAAGAAAAAGAAGCAUUAAAAAAUUAUAUAUUGUGAUUGACUAUACAUUUUAGUCAAAAUUCAAGAGAAACUUUCUAUCUCGUUGGAAAAUUUCCUAAAAAAAAAAAGAUUAUUUGAUGAAUAAAAUUCAUUUGAAAAUUAUUUUUGAUUGUCUGCGGAGAUUUUGUAGUAAAACCAUGAAAAUAGAAUAUUAUCUAAAUUAUUACCAACCAAGCUUUUUCUUAAUGAACUAAAAAAAUAAAUAAAAUAUUAGCCAUCAUUUAAAAAAACUUUUAUUUCCCAAUUUUUUGUGGUUCUAGUAGGAAAUCUCCGUGAGAAAUAUGAAAAUUGGAGUGGCCUUUGAAAGAAGAAAAAAAAAGUUUGAAAAUUAAAAUAUUCAAAUAAAUUGAAAAUUGAAUGGACAAAAAUAGAAAGAAAUGUGCCUUUUUCUUCUAUAAAAAAAAAGAUACGAAAAAUAGAUUGAUGAGCAAGAAUUGAAAGAUAUUUCCAUUAAAAAUGCCACAGAUUUUGGUUCUUAAGCAUUUUUCAUUGUAUUUUAGUUUUGACGUAUAUAAUUUUUUUGAUUUAAUAUACAGAAAAUCUUAUAAAUUACACGAGAUAAUUAUAUUAAUAAAAACUUAAAGAGAAGGAAAAUCGGAGUAAAUAAAAAUGUCUAGAGCUGAAAA